AAUGGUCACUGCAAGUAAAGUGCUUACUAAUCAGUUACACUGCGGUUAUAUUUAUGAUGUCAAAGUAGUAACAACUAAUUCUGACCAUAAGCUUGCUAGGACGUCUUCAUCCCGCGCUCGACUAUUAACUUUUUUGCAUCUUCCUGAAACCGAAGAACUAAAAGUUCGUCAGGAUUUACACGCACUGGCAAGUCUGCCAGCCUGAGGAUGCGCCAUAGUCCUUUCCCUCGUUCUUCCAUUUUGGUUUACGGACAGGACACUGUUCAUUCGCUGGUUCAAUUGACCGUCAUAUCUCAAGUUGAGGCACUGCUUGAAAACAACCAUAUAGAGGAUGCUGCCAACCUCGUAAACAACUUCGCAUCUGUCCAGGCAUUAGAUUCUGACGAGGUGGAAACACUGGAAUACAUACAUCAAGCUAUUGCGUUUUCUCUGUUCUCUCAAACGCGUUUCGUGGAUGCAGCCCCACACUUUCUUGCAGGCGGGCUCGAUCCCCGUAUUCUUGUAUCCUACUUUCCCGAGUUAUCACGGCCAUUGUUCAUUGAUGGCGAAGAAGCAGACAUGUACGACGGUAUCGCAAAGCGAAUGCCAAUAGAGGCAAAUGUUGAUGAUCUCAUUGCCGCAAACCUAGUCAGGAAUUAUUCCCCUCAUCUCCCGCCCUCCACUCGUGAGGCGCAUGCUGCCCAGGAGAUUCACAAGAUUCUUCGGGAAGAAGCCAUAGUGAUGCUUAAGUCUGUUCUCCAAGGCUUCAAGGGACAAGGAAAACACAAGCAACAGGAGGUGACGGAUACGGCCCUCGCUAUAUUAUUCGCGCGAUCGGGUGACACCACGUCUCUCAUUUCUCACCUUGAAAGCACGAAUUUGGCUAGCCUUUCAGCUGUGGAACCUGUGCUGCUCGAAGCCGGAGAAGUGGGUGCUCUAUGUGCGUUACUCAGGGCCAGAGGUGACGAAGGACGAGUGAUGGAGAUUUGGAAGGGGUGGGUCGAGGGACGAUAUAGUGAUUCUUCCGUGUCGGAUCCCCUGAGUAAUAUGUUUGCCUUGUUAGAAUCAAAACAGGGAAAAGACAGGGCGAUGCUUCGAAAAUGGGGAGUAUGGCUAACAGCACGAGAUUCAGAGCGAGGGCUUAUGCUUCUCAUGUCGACCAAGCGGUCCGCAAAAGAAAAAGACAGAGAGGAGGAUCUCGCCAUUCUUUCCGAGUUGCAACAAUUACAUUCCAGUGCAGCAAGGAAAUUCUUGGAGUGGCUGGUCAUUGUGAGAAGGCGAGAUGACGCGGAACUCCAUGCACAGCUUGUGCAAGCAUGUGUCGACGAGCUGUUCGAGUGCCUGCAAAAUGAGUGUACUCUGAAGCUCUGGCGUGCCAAAUUCGCUUCUUACACCUCGCAAUCUUCACAAAAAAAUACACCCUCCCUUCCAUCUACGCAGCUUCAACGUCCACAAUCGUCCUUCCUUACAUAUUUCGUAUCGACCGCACCCGACUCUCAAUCGAAACGCGCACGGCUCAAAACCUUGUUUGCUCUUCAGGCUUUAUCGGGAUAUAAUGCUGAAAUGAUCAAGUCACAAAUUGUUGCUAAUGGCUUCGAUAAAGUUCUUGGCUUGGAAGUGGCGUUGCUUGAUGGCAAGAUGGGCAUGCACAGGAUGGCCCUCCGCGCACUAGCCCUCACGCUGCGAGAUCCCGUCUCGGCAGAGACAUACGCUCGGACGGGGGGCAUCGUCGUUCCUCUAAAGGCUGUCGAAGCUUGCGGAAUGGGUGAAUGGGGCGCGCUAUUCGCAGCUAAGGGCAGUCCUGGAAUCUUGGAGAGGGAGAAGAGUUCAGAGGGGAAGGGGGAGCUGGUGAGAAUGCUUUUGGAAGUUUACAUGGAAGACGGGGAGCCUCAGCAAACCACAAGACUACUGGGCUCACAGGCCGCGAGUUUAGAUGCUGUUGACGUCAUUCCUCUCGUACCUCCAGACUGGCCACUCAGUUCCCUUUCCCCUCUCCUGACUCACUCAUUCCGACAUACACUUCAUGCCAAGCACGAGGGCCAGAUAAUCAAGGGAAUCUGUGCCGCACAAAACUCCAAGGUGUUUGAAAGCUCCUACCUUGUGUUUCGAGAACAAGGCGCCAUCAUAGAAGAAGUGGAUGAUGAAGAGGAUGGGGAUGGAGAACCCGAGAGCUUUGAUGAGAAGGAUGGCCUUGCAGAAAAAAUCGCGCUGCAUCUGCAGGAUCAGCAACGGAGUGAAGUUGGUGUAGCUGACAUACAUCCCCCUGCAAGCAAUGAAGAAGAGGUGAACGUUAGAUAACGUUAAUAUUCAUCUUCGCUUUUCUUCUGCCUCUUUGAUUUCUGGUCGACAUAGGAUACUUCGAGCUCACUUACCACUCACAAGCUAUUGCACAGCGAAGAAUUUUCAUGGAAGCGUCGUAGAAUAAGAUGUAUGUUAUGUCUAAGAUGAGUGGGUGUAACUGUGAACCAUUCGGAAUAGGUCGUUGAAUUUUGAUCAGGGUGCUCGCGCUGAAUCAGGCCUCAGGAUUUGUGAACAUUGUGACUGUUUGGCGUUACAACAUAAUUAGUAUCUUGAAACGAAUGCUCUCCCGCAGGAUGAUGCGCAUCCGGGCCCAAG